GACUUCAGUGACCAGCUGCUGGAGGUGGUUGGUCUGGAGGGGGCGAUCGAGAUGGGACAGAUCUACACUGGACUGAAGAGUGCCGGACGCAGACUCGCUCAGUGUGCCAACGUCACCAUCAGGACGUCCCGGAGGCUGCCCAUGCAGAUUGAUGGCGAGCCCUGGAUACAGACCCCCUGCACGAUCAAGAUCACCCACAUGAACCAGGUCCCCAUUCUGCUGGGCCCUCCUCAGAAGACGCCGUUCUUCUUCUUCAAGAAACGCAACCACAGCCGCGACUAGGACACACACACACACACACACACACACACACACACACACACACACACACACAAACACACACACACACACACACACACACACAGACACACACACGCACACACACACACACACACACAAACACACACAUGCCACCCACUGUAUAGGCAGCUCCACUGUUGGGAGUUUAAAGUGGGAUUACAUCGUGGAACAUUCCCAAAGUCAGGACGCCUACUGACAAUUUAUUCCCAGACGAAACCUUCAGUGAUGAAAGUGAAAACUCUCAGUAACCAGUAUCGACCUUUUCCUGUGUAACAAAUCAUCUACUCGCAAAACCUCCAUCCCAAAUACAAGGAUUUUCGUUUUUCUCGGCCCAAAAAACUCAGCGAGACCUGCACUGCCUGAUAAACAAAACUCUGUCUGCUGGGAGUCCCUUGCAAAGAAGUAUAGAAAGUGAAAUUGAGUUAAGGAAAGCAGGUUGUAAGAUGGGAAAUAAAGAGCUCCAACACUACAGUAAGCAGAAGUGGCAGUAGUCCUUGUUGUUUUAAGGCCGGUGAGUAAACAGAGAUCCACCUCUCGGUUGAAACACACCGAAUGAAUAAUGAAAAAGCGUCGGCUUGUAAGAGCUCUCGCUGCAGGGCCUCCCCACAGACUGACAGCGGAGAAAGGAGGAGAGCCCUCAUCCAUUAUUGACUUGUUUUGUUUGUGGGGUUGAUGACAGUGGGGCGUAUGGUAUGGGUUGAAACAUGCAGGGAAUGAUCUUAGCCCCUUUAGCAUCACUGGCCUACAAAAACCCAUCCUUUAAAGCGUAUUGACACACUUUGUGGAGGAUCUGCUGGAAGACUUCAGGCAGAGGAGGUUCCUGUCUCAAUGUGCACAGAUUUCACUGUAUAAAUUAGUCUAGAUGGAAAGUAGAGAUAGGAGAGAUUGGGCUUUGUUUUUGCGUUCUUAAGGAGAGACACUACAGGUAGAAACACGUUUUAUCAUGCACUCAAUUUUAGGAUUUUGGAUUACUUUUGCUUUCAUAACCUGUCUUCUUUUAGGCAAGCAGAGACAUACACAUCCAGGUGUUUAUUUAAUGAAUUCUAUGGAUUCCCCUGAAUCAACAAGAAGUUAGUAUCACAUCAUCCUCCUUUGCAUAUUCAAACAGGACAUUUGUGGGAACUGGAUCAUGGUGAUAUCUAUUCAAAUUACUUUUACCAAUUUCUCCUGUAGUGUUUUGCAAAGUAUAAAGCCAUACAUAUCUUUCUGUUUUCCAAAAAAUAAUGUAACUUUAUUAAUGUUUACAGACACCAAACUUUCCAUUUUCAUCCCUGACUAUGUUGUGAAGCUUUUUUACUGAAAGCUGUGUUCAUAUGUCAAUCAGAGCCGGAUGUGUUGAGCUUUUAAUUCCUGAAAACAUGUCGAAAAUUGGAACAAUUAUUGGAAGAGCUUUCCGAAAAUCCCUCUGUAAAAAAAGAUUUUUAACCUUGGAUAAAUCUGGGUUUAUCCAAGGUUUAGAUUUAUGCAAGUAUUUAAUAACAUAAUGCCUCAUAUGCAUAUUUAAACUUAUCAGAAAAUGUGUAAUACAAAGAAAUAUCAUCCUAAUGGAAGCAAUCAACUGGGGAAGUUUCAUGAUGACAUGUAUUCAUUAUAUUUUUCCACUGUAGUGUCUCCUUAAGAAACUCUAACAAUCCGAAUUGUAUGAACAACAGCUCCUGUGCACCGUGUGCCAAACAACACUUCCAGCGGGACAGAAUUUAAAUAAAUCCUCUCAAGGGUAUAACAGCAGCGCCCUGGGGUUUUAUUUACCAGAGCUUUGACAGAGGAACUAAAUGUAUCGCUCUAUUUCAGGGUCUAUCUCUCCUCUAGUGAAACUCUACGCCUAAUUACCGUGUCAAACAUCAACUCACAAUGUCAAGUGUGCAAAUCCCAGAGCCGUCCCUACUGCUUUAAAGCAUUCAUGAUGAGUUGCACCAAAUGAAAUGGGAUUGUAAUGGAGGUAAAAGACAUGUUAGGAGGUUUGAUGGAAGAUAUCAUUCAGAGUGUAAUUCAGUGUUUUUAAAGAAUGUAUCCAUAUUACUGUCCCCACAAUAUGGCAAAGUCUAUAAUACAGUGUGUGCAGAAGGCAUAUAUGUAUAUUUCUGGAAAGUAGGAGUAGCUCACAUAUACUGUACACGCGAAUGUGUUUUUAAUAUAUCAUUGUUAUUAAUGUGGAAAUCUUAGCUUAGAGGAGUUCGGAUCAGUAUUCUUCGCCGUGCCGAGCCGCUGCAGUCUCUCUCUCUGAAGGCAGUUCCCCACUUUGUCUGAUUCUCAUUGCUUUCGAUCUGUCUAGUUUUGUUUCAUCUUGGCUUAGUCUUUGCUUGAUGAAGAAACAAGCACAACAAAUGCAUCAAAAUUACAGAAUGUGUGGCAAAAUGAUCUCUCACUUCGAGUUUUAUACAUGGUCUUCGUCAGUAAAUUGAGUCAUUAAAGCGUUUAAAGCUAAACACAAUUUAAGCAGAUAAAUAGUGGUGUAUAUAUAUGUUGCCCAAAAGGACACAAGAAAUUGCAGUAAAGAAAUGUGAUGAUACUGUGUGUUUUAAGGUAAUUUAACAAAAAUAAUUGACCGUCUUUGAGCUGGUAUGGUAUUGUGGCAUGCUAACAUAGAGAGCCACAGUGAAGCGUCCUAAAACCCGGAAGUAAACUCCUUCCGGUUCCUUCGACAAAAAAGCUAUUUCUCC